AUGGAUCGUUCUGAACAAAUUAAGCUAUGUGUUGGAUAUUACUGGAUUAUGAGAAUGCAAUUUGACAGGUUAAUGCUGCUUUUUUUAGUCACUCUAUAUAUGUAUAUUAGGAAUAGAAGGCGGGGUCAUUUUUCGAUUGGUCGAAGAGUGAACACAUUGCCACUAAGGCGAGAUGCAUUAAAUAAUAUCAUUGGGGAGGGUGGAGAUAGAAAUUGCAUAUGGGAGUUAAGAAUAAGUUUGAAUGCAUUUGCAACUUUAUGUGAAUUGCUACAAGUUCAAGAUGGAUUAGACGAAGAUGGUCAUGUUGGCAUAGGCGAGCAAGUAGCUACUUUCUUAAUCAUAUUAGCUCACCAUACCAAAAAUCGCAGCGUACAGGUUAGGUUCUAUAGGUCUGGUGAAACUAUUAGUAGGUAUUUUCACAAGGUAUUGCGUUCGGUUUUGCGUGUCCAAAGUAUCUUAUUUGCAAAGGCAGACCCUGUACCGGAAGAUUGUGUAGAUCCCAGAUGGAAAUGGUUCAAGGGUUGUCUAGGAGCAUUAGAUGGAACUUACAUAGAUGUCACAGUCCCGAGGAGUGAUAAAUCUAGAUAUCGGACGAGGAAAUCUAGAAUAUCCACCAAUGUCUUAGGAGUUUGCAAUCGGAACAUGAAUUUCGUCUAUGUCCUUAGCGGUUGGGAAGGAUCAGCAUCUGAUUCAAGGGUACUUAGGGAUGCUAUUACUCGACGUAAUGGCUUGAAAAUACCUAUUGGGUGUUAUUACUUAGUGGAUGCCGGCUAUACAAAUGGGAGAGGAUUUUUAUCUCCUUAUAGAAAUGUUCGCUAUCAUGUGAAUGAGUGGGUUCAAGGUCAUCGGGCACCACAAAAUCGUCUAGAGUUAUUUAAUAAGAAGCACUCUUCAGCUAGAAAUGUGAUUGAGCGGUGCUUUGGGUUGCUUAAGAAAAGAUGGGGAAUUCUACGAAGUCCCUCGUUCUAUCCUAUUAGAGUUCAAAGCCACAUUAUUAUUGCUUGUUGUUUGUUACAAAACUUUAUUCGUAUGAACAUGGAUGCUGAUCCCGAAGAAGAUGCAACUCUUGCGCCAGAACACAUACCCAUAGGAGAUGAUACUAUUGUUGAUGAAGGUGAAACAAUUGAUGUCGUGGAAAGUAGCCAUGAGUGA